AUGAGUCUCUCAAAUCCACGGAGGCGGCUGCUCCGGUCAGCCACCUCCCUCCUCCCCCAUUCCCACUUCCACCCUCUCCUCGCCUGUCCUCAUCUCAACCAGCGGCGAACCGCCAUUACAGACUUCCUCAAGAAUCCCUUCAGGUCUCGCCGAAGACGCAAAAUCCUCGAUCUUUCCUCCCCAGAGGUCCUCAACGCAAACGAAAUUCAAAAAGCCAAGGAAGAAAAAGAGCGCUCCAAGCUCCCCAAAACUGGCGGUCUAGCACCCGGUUCUAUCCUCGAUACUCUUUCGCCGACCACCGGUCCACGGAUUGAAGACACAGGCGUCAUCCGCGACCCGGAGAACAUGGCAGCGGUGCUCGACCCGACGCCCCGAGCUCGGGAAAAAUGGCAGCGGAGGAUGGUGAUUCGCGAGAUCCGGGGCCGGGGACGGAUGAGUAAGACGGUGAAGCUGGCGAGGACGGAGCGGAGCCAUCUGAGCAAGAGCGAGUUCUUCAAGACGAGCGUGAAGAAGCUGUUCCCGCUCGCGAACCAGAUUGCGGGGAAACCGUUGAGCGAGGCGAUGGUGCAGAUGCGCUUCAGUAAGAAGAAGGCCGCGCAGGAUGUCCUGAGGCAUUUGGAGUAUGCGAGGGAUCAGGCGGUCGUGAUGAGGGGGAUGGGGUUGGGGAAGGUGCAGGCUCAGGCCCAGCAGGCGGAGGGGGGGAGGUCGUGGAUGGUCGGGAGGCGGAGGGGGGCAAGAAUCGGCGCGGGAAGAAGAGAGGUUGCUGGUGGAAGAUAA